AUGGAGCAGAAGGAAGAAGGAGGGAGGUGGGGAGUUGACGGAAUCGUUGACGAUCACGAAACCCUUCAGAUCUGCUUAAAUACAUAUCGAUGGAUUCAGCCAUUUCUUCCUUUCUUACCACAAUACAUACAGUUUUUCCAUGAAACUGAAACUGUGCAGGAAAUGAAUCCCCGAAGUGUAUCUUCAAUCGAUGAGAUGAUAACCAUCGUCCAAAAGCACGAAAAUUCAAAAACUCCGACGACUUCAUAUGGUCCUCCUCCUCCACCACCGGAACCACCGCCACCAUCCAAUCUAGAUCUACCUGGAAAUAGAGACGAUAUCCACAAAUUCAACGUUCCUGUUGGCAAACGCCCAUAUCUGGUAGGGUUUGACAUCAGUGAAAAUUAUGAUACUUCACUUCACAUUGCAACAUCUGCAAACAUCAGCAAGACAGUGGAAAAGAUUGUGAAAAACCAUGUGUGUCAUCUCACAAUGGAACAGUUAGAACUUCAGAACAAAUAUCACAACACUUCACUGUGUAAAGUAUCAACAAAUGGAUAUGUCAGAAUCGUUAAGACUAUGCUGAUCUCUUUGAUGUUGCCUUGA